AUGUCGUCGCAGACCAUGACGGCGCCAGCAGUGGGCCAUCGACCGCCUGAUUCAGGUCCAGAUACGCCCAUGCACGACUAUGGCUACUCACAGAACGAAAUCACCUCUCCUACCGCCUCAAGGAGCGCCUCCGCAACUCGCGACAUGCAUAAUUCUGCCCCAACCUCCAAGGCCUUGUCCGCCACCUCCAUGGGAAUCAAGACUGAACCCACCGAUGCCCAUGACUCCAACAUGGAUGUUUCCGAACACCAGAAGGAUCUCAACACUCAAUCCGCCGCCGGGGCCCUCCUCGCCCAACUACUUGGGAAUCCUUCUGCACCGAACUCGGCCGAUGCGACGGGAAACCAACAUUCCGGACAACAAUUAGAUGACCAGGAUAUCAAGAUGGACGACUCAAAUGGCUUUCCCGCAGUCGAUCAAACUGCUCACAACAGCAUUGCGCUAGAUUUCCAGCUCCCGCAAGAUUCAACCUCGGUAUCAAGGGUCAUGCAAAAUACUUCCAACGGACACGGGAAACCGGCUACUGACAUUCUGGCGGAAAUUGAUGCGACACAGCAAGAUGGAGGCAUGGAUGCGCACCGGCUGUCGAAUGCGAGCGCCAUGGAAACCCUAUCUGACCCUUUGAAUCCCAAAUCCAACUUGGAGCCAUCUCUUCUCCCUCCCUUCGAUUUCGCCGCGGUCCCAAAAAAUGCAUUCGAGGCUCUCCAGCAGAACGAGUUGCUCACGGCCGCCUAUCUCUCGCAAGGAGCUGAUCUAUCAGCACUCGGAUACCAAGAUGGAUCAACAUCGGUGGCUGGAUCGGAACCGAAGAUCCAAGCGUUUGCGAAGUUAGAGUUUGAUGAUGGCCAUUUUUAUGUCAAUACCUACUCCUUCAUUCUGGGGCGAGAUGUUCGGGCCGCGCGCGCCGCCCAUCAGCGAGAGAUCCAGUUCCGGCAGGCCGUGCGGAGUUCUCGAGCAAAGAGUUCGAGUGGCGGAAAUGUCUCUCAUACGCCGAACAGGAUGAAGCGGGAAGAAAGUGCUGCGAUGAUGGGAAGCGUGGUGAGCGACCGCGGUGGUAUCAUGGGAUUCGAUCCGGAUAUUCCCCCGCAUCUUCCAGCCAACCUGAAUAUCAGCAGGCGCUCAUCGAAGUCAUCAUUUGAUGAUUCUGCGAUGCCCUUGAGUGCCAACCCUGCUCAAUUACAAACAACAACCGUGACGGAUUAUAAUGCGCUUGCUAUGCACCUUACUCCCAUCUCCCGACUCAUGCCCUACAAUUCCUAUCCACCCCCUUCAACGAUUGAUGGCACUGCCGCGGGGCACCGUGGUAUCUCCCGUCGCCAUGUUCGUAUAUCUUACAAUUUUGAUCGCAAUCUCUUUGAGAUGGAAGUUAUGGGCCGGAAUGGUGCUUUUAUUGGGGCCGAUUGGCUUUCCCCCGGUCAGCUUCGUCCGUUACACAGUGGUGACUACAUCCAAAUUGGUGGUGUACGGAUACGCUUCUUGUUACCUGAUGUUCCUAUCGGCGAGACUGGAGCGGAUCGCAUGGAGGAGCCGCAACCGCACCUAGAAGAUGAGGGCGCAGAUGCAGAUGCUGACGCAGACAUUGAUGCUGCUCACGAGAUUGAUGCUGAACAUGAGAUCGACGAUAUGGACAAGCCUCUGAGCGACAGUCCUGAUAGCAAGGACCCUUCCAAGUCCAAGCUCAAGAAGGAUGAUGACAUGAAGCCUGUCCCUUCAAUUGAAUCUGGUGGGGACAAAGGCGAACAGCCGGCCCGUCGCCGUGGACCUGGCCGACCUCCAAAGGAUGGUAUCAUGUCGAAACGUGAAAGGGCCGAGUUGGCUCGGGAGCAGAAGAUUGCUGCGAAACGCGAAGCUAAUGGUGGUGUCACUCCACCGGCGGCCAGCCGACCUCCACUUCCACCUCCCCCUACUUCUGCUUCCAAGGCAGGCAAGACGAUAACGACCAAGGAGUCAGUUGGGGCCGAAUCACCAACCUCCUCUGUCAAACCUUCCGAGAAGCGCAAAUACACGAAGAGAAAGAAGGGCGAUGGCACCCCUAUGGAUUUCCCUCUUCCAUCCACGGAAGGUGGCCAAUUUACCACAGAACAACGGCCUGAGGAGUAUGUCAAACCCCCACCAGUCAAGAAGCGCAAGCCAUCACGGUCACCAUCUCCCAACUACCCUCCAGAAUCUGCUUAUUCGCCGGAGGAUCUGGCCAAGCCUCCUUACAACUAUGCGGUCCUAAUCUUCGACGCUCUGACGGAGGCCGGUACUCCCAUGACCCUGAAACAGAUAUACCGUGCGUUGAAGCUCAAAUAUCCAUACUUUCGCUUCAAGUGCGAGACCGAAGGUUGGACCUCCAGUGUGCGGCACAAUCUCAACGGCAAUGGACACCUGUUCAUGCACGCAGAACGAGAUGGCAAGGGAUGGUCAUGGCAACUUCGACCUGGCGCAUCUGUUGAGAAAGAGAAGAAGAGGCGUCCUUCACCUCCGCCUCCCCAAGCUCCUCCUAUCCCUCCGCCCCAGCACCUUCCGGCAGCCUUCGCUCGGACAAUCCCCUCUACCUAUACCUCACCUUACGCCACCAACCCAUCUCCACAGGCAGGACAAAACCAGCCGUCACAGACGCCACAGCCCGGCCAAGGACCGCCGCCGCAGCAACACCAUCAAUCCCCCUACUCAACCCCGAAACCCCCAUCAUCUCAACCUCCACACAUCAAUACUCAACACCAAUCGUUCCCUCCUCCAGCUGGGCCAUCUUAUCAACACCAGCAUCAGCAACCAGUCCAGUCGCAGCCACAUCAGCAGCAGCCUCAUCAUGUGCCACCUCCGCAUCAUCAGGCGCAGCAGCCGCGUCCCCCACCGCCCGGGCCUCAGGGUCAUCAGCAGCAGCCGCACCCUGUACAGUCCAACCCGGGACCAACCGGACCACCGGAGCCGUCAUCGUUCAAUGAGCGCGCCAACAAAGCCCUUGACGACUUUGAGUCCGUGCUUAUGGAGGACUACGAAGACAAGAACUACAUCCGGGAAGUCCUCCGCAGUGCUCGUGCUCGGGUCCUCGGCAAUGCCACGGAAAGUUCAUUCCCCGGCGGAGAACCCAAGGACGAAAAGGUUAUCAUGGAUGUACUGAGCAGCCUGGUCGGAAGCCUAAAGGACGAGUAA